UUUAGAACACAAUGAUGUUCAUCAAGAUAUACAAAUUUUUCCUGCAUUAUGUGUUAAAGCUAGCUGGGAUAAGCCCUCAAAAGAUAGAGAUCCAGCCGGGGACGAUUAUCAACUUCUGGUCCCCGACAGCCAUUAAAAGCCGAAAGCCGGCCGUCGUCUUCCUCCAUGGCUUCGCCCUCGACGGUAUCCUAACAUGGCAUUUUCAGGCAUUAGCCUUAGCCAAAGACUACUCCGUUUACGUCCCGGAUUUCGUCUUCUUCGGCGACUCCGUCACCGACACUACCGAGCGGUCGGCGGAGUUUCAAGCCGAUUGCGUAGCCAAAGGGUUGAAGAAGCUGGGCGUGGAAAAAUGUAUCUUGGUUGGUUUAAGUUAUGGAGGAAUGGUUGGUUUUAAGAUGGCUGAGGCUUAUCCUGGAUUGGUUGAGUCAAUGGUGGUGAGUUGCUCGGUUAUUGCCUUGACUGAGUCAAUCAGCAAAGCCCGACUCAGUCAUAUAGGGUUCAAAAGCUGGGGCGAUUACUUGCUUCCUGACUCGGUCAAGGGUGUUGAAACCCUCCUUCGAGUUGCCUCAGUGAGUUUGCCAAAGUUGCCGAAUUGGUUCUACAAAGAAAUUUUGGAGGGAAUAUCUAUUUACAGAGAGGAGAAAUUGGAACUUCUAGUGGCUUUGAUCAUCAAUGACAAGGAAUUUACCCUCCCUAGUUACCACCAGAAGAUACAUCUUUUGUGGGGAAAGAAUGAUCAGAUAUUUGACUCGCAUAUUGCUCGCUCCGUUAAACAGCAAAUUGGAGAGAGAGCAAGUCUAGAAUACAUAGAAAAAGCAGGUCAUCUGGUUCUGCAGGAACGCCCAUUCACCUACAACAGCCGCCUCAAGAAAAUUCUGGUUUCUUUAUCAUCUUGUUCACAAUGA